AUGGCAUCAAAUUCAAACUCAAAUUCAAAUUCAAAUUCAUUAUUUCAAAAUGAUAAGAAUAACAACAGCAAUACAGAUAUAGCUGUACCUACACCAAAUAACUCAUCAUCAUUUCGUAAUACUACUAUCACUAACCCUACUCCUUCCAUUAGACUGCCAUCACCUUCCAUAAAUAGUUACAACAAUAGUGCCAUUCCUACUACAAUAACCAAUAGAUCAAUUCCUGGGAUGUCAAAUUCGUCCAUUAAUGAUUCAGCUGAUUCCAACCCCCAAAGUUAUGAUGAACAAAUAUCUCAAUUAAAUAACCUCCAAAAUAAAAAAUCACUUGAUUUCAAAACAAUUAGUAAACAUUUAAUUAAUCAAGAAGAUAGUUUAAAAACUCAAGGUGGUGAUAUUACUAGGAGAUUAUAUCAUCAAAUGGAAAACAUAUCAGGUAGUAAUAAUAAUAAUAAUGCUAAUAAUAAUACUAACAGUAAUGAUUUGGAUGAUAAUGUUAGUAUUGGAGGCCAUAGUACUUUUCGUGAUGGACCACCACCAAGAUUAAGAACUAGAAGUGCAUCAUUUUCAAGUUAUUUAGAAGAAACUAGACGAGGAUCAAUGGCUAGUGAUAUUAAUAUACCUGGUGGGUUUAGACGAGAAUUUUUAAUUAAUAAAGCCAUACAAAGAAAUCAACAACCACCUAAUUUCCUUACUCAAAAUUUUAUGGAAUUUUUAAGUAUUUAUGGUCAUUUUGCUGGUGAGGAUUUUAGUGAUGAAGACGAAGAUGAUGAUGAUGAAGAAGAAGAAGAAGAAGAAGAAGAACGUAGGGAUGGUGAAGAGGAGUAUAACGCUGAUGAAGUUUUCGAUGAAGAAUCAAGUUUAUUAGGUAAUGAACGAAGAGGUGGAGGAUUACCAUUUAGACAAUUACCAAAGAAACCUCAUUCACAUCUUCCAAAAAAACCACCAAAAGGUACAGCAUCAGUUUUCAAAACUUUUUUAUUAUUAUUUAAAGCAUUAGUUGGGUCAGGAGUAUUAUUUUUACCAAGAGCUUUUUAUAAUGGAGGAAUGUUAUUUUCUAUGAUUACAUUGAGUUUAUUUGGAUUAUUAACAUUUUUGUGUUAUAUUGGGUUAAUUCAAUCUAAAACUAUAUUGAAUUUGUCUUCAUUUGGUGAAUUAGGUUAUAAAACUUAUGGGAAACCAUUAAAAUAUUGUAUUUUAGUGUCAAUUCUUUUAAGUCAAAUUGGAUUUGUCACGACAUAUAUUUUGUUUACCGCAGAAAACAUGAUUGCAUUUUUAUCUCAAUAUGUAUCAACCAAAGGUAACCUGUUGUUGUUGUUGUUGUUAGGAUUAGAUUCGUCACUGGAAGUUCUUCCAAAUUGGUUGAAUCGAGGUAAUUUGAUUUUGAUUCAAUGCAUUUUAUUAAUCCCUUUGGUAUUAAUUCGAAAUUUGGCUAAAUUAUCUAUGGUUUCAUUAAUUUCAUCAAUAUUUAUUAUUAUUGGAUUAUUAAUUAUAUUUUGGUAUUCUAGUAUAAAUUUAAUUAAUAAUGGUGUGGGACCCAACAUUACAAAUUUCAAUUCUAAUAGUUGGACAAUGUUAAUUGGGGUUGCUGUUACUUCAUUUGAAGGAAUUGGAUUAAUUUUACCUAUUCAAUCAUCAAUGACUCAACCAGAAAAAUUCCCUCUUGUAUUAUCUAUUAGUAUGCUUAUUAUUACCAGUAUUUUUGUUGCUAUUGGAACCAUUGGUUAUUUUUCAUUUGGUGAUAAAAUUAAAUCAAUUAUUAUUUUGAAUUUACCUCAAAAUCAAUUUGCUGUACAAUCUAUUUUAGUAUUAUAUUCUAUUGCCGUGUUUUUAUCAGGACCAUUACAAUUGUUCCCCGCCAUUAAAAUUGGUGAAUCAUUGAUUUUCCGUCAUUCAAAGAAAAAUACAAGACGUCAUCAUCAUCAUCAUCAACAUCAUCAUCAUCGUCAUCAUGGUAGUACUGAAGAAGGUAAUAAUACUGGUGAUGACAAUGGAAAAUUAUAUCAUCAAUCAGGUAAAUAUAAUCCUCAAGUGAAAUGGUUGAAAAAUGGAUUUAGAGCAAUUUCUGUGAUGUUUAUUUGUUCACUUGCUUAUUUAAAUGCUGAUAAUAUUGAUAAAUUUGUUUCAUUUAAUGGUUGUUUUGCUUGUAUCCCCUUGGUAUAUAUUUAUCCUCCGUUAAUUCAUUUAAAAUCAAUUCAAUCCAAACAACAAAACAAGGGUAAAUCGAAAUCAGAUCAAAUAUUCAUUUGGUUAGAUUAUUUAUUGAUUGUGGUAGGGAUUGCUACGGUGAUAUAUUCAAGUUAUCAAAUUCUAUUUUUAAACUAG